GGGUGCUCGACCUCAGUAGCGGUUGCCAUGGCGAUUAUGGCGGCGCGGAUGGGCUGGGCCCAGCCUCUACGGCUCGUCGGCCUUGGCUCUUCUUUUUCCUUUUCUUCGUCUGCGGCGGGGGGAGGCCGGCCCCGGGGCCUGGCCUACGAAGAGCACGGGGAACCUGCCCGGGUGCUGCGGCUAAAAGACCUUGAUCUGCCAGAAGUGGGAGAUUUUGGAGUCCAUGUGAAAAUGCUUGCAGCUCCUAUCAAUCCAUCAGAUAUCAAUAUGAUUCAAGGAACAUAUGCUACUCUGGCUGAUUUGCCUGCCAUAGGUGGAAAUGAAGGAGUUGGAGAAGUGAUGAGUACGGGACAUAAUGUGACAUCUCUGAAGACAGGCGACUUGGUGAUUCCAGCUGAUGCAGGGCUUGGAACGUGGCGAACAGAGGCAGUAUUUGAUGAGGAAAAAUUGCUGAAAGUACCGCCUGAUAUCCCACUGAUGUGUGCAGCCACCUUGAGUGUAAACCCCUGCACAGCUUAUCGAAUGUUGUCUGAUUUUGAAGCCUUAAAACCAGGAGACUCUGUCAUCCAAAAUGCUGCCAAUAGUGGAGUGGGACAGGCUGUUAUCCAGAUCGCAGCAGCCAAAGGUAUCAAAACAAUAAAUGUGGUCAGAGAUAGACCCAAUCUCCAAGAACUAGUGAUCAGAUUAAAGUCUCUUGGAGCUGACCAUGUCAUCACAGAGGACAUGCUAAGAAAACCAGAGAUGAAAGAACUCUUUAAGACAAUUCCUAAGCCUAUGUUGGCUUUGAAUGGCGUAGGAGGGAAAAGCGCUACUGAGUUGCUGCGUCAUUUGCAGCAUAAAGGGACAAUGGUUACCUAUGGUGGGAUGUCUAAGCAGCCCCUGACAGUUCCUGUGAGUGCAUUGAUCUUUAAGGACGUGAAACUUUGUGGCUUUUGGAUGACCCAGUGGAAAAGGGAACACAGCUUGAGCAAGGAGAAACUGGAAGGCAUGAUCACAGAUUUAUGCAAGCUCAUUCGUAUGGGUCAACUUGCUUCUCCAGCCUGCCAAGAGGUCCCACUGGAAGACUACCAGACAGCUUUGAAAGUCUCCAUGAAGCCAUAUGUAUCGGCCAAGCAGAUCCUCCUGAUGUGAAAUAUAUGCUACAGGAAAAAAAACCCCAUACAUAACUGGUCCCAAUGGAAUUCAAUUCCUACUGGCCUAAGUGCUAUUUGGUCUAGAAGACUGGACCAUUUCAUAGACCGAUUGGCCUGUGGCUUGAGAGGGAGAGCUGGACUACAGAUGUAGAAAUGACCUCGUCUGUAGACCUUGAAUAUAUAAACUUAUCAAUAAUGAUGAUGAUCCUAUUUAAUAGUAUGCAAAGGGACCUUGUUGUACCCAAGAAGGAGGGAGGUUUAUAGCAUAACCUUUCAUUGACUGGGUCUAUUAUUGUAGUUGCAUGGAUAAAGUAGACCCAGCCUACAUAAGCUUAUGCUGCAAACAUUUUUCUCAAUCCCAAAGGUAUCAUAAGAUCUCUUUGAUCUAAUCCAGAUUAAGGUGCCUAUUCAAUAGUAGUUGAUGGUAUUGGAGAUCAAAAUUCUGUUCUACACAAUCAAGGAAUACUCAUAAGUCUUGUGUCAAAAUGGUAAUGAUGACGCAACUCUUGGACACAACUUCAAGAGUUCUGUACCCUGAUUUGCAAUGUGUCUACAUUCAAAGUAUCACUAAAUGUUGUGCCUCUCUCGGCCUCUCAUUGAAUAUUGAGAAAAUCAAAGUGGUCUUCCAGCAGGCACCAGCCAAUCCCUCUGCAAUGCCAGAAAUACAGCUUAAUUGGAAAAUGUUGACCAUUUCCGCUCCCUUGGCAACCACCUCUCCACAUCAGUCAACAUUGACACUGAAAUACAACAUUGCCUGAGCUCUGCGAGUGCAGCAUUUUUCCAAAUGAUGCACAGAGUGUUUGCGGACCAGGACAUCCGUAGGGAGACCAAGGUGCUUGUUUUUAAAGCCAUUGUCCUCUCAACCCUGUCAUAUGCCUGCGAAAUGUGGACUGUUUACAGACGGCACAUGCAUCUCCUGGAAUGAUUCCAUCAGUGUUGCCUCCAAAAACUCCUGCAGAUCUCUUGGGAAGACAGGUGGACAAAUAUCAGUGUGCUGGAAGAAGCAAAGACUACCAUAAUUGAAGUGAUGUUCCUCCACCCAACUUCACUGGAACAGCCAUGUCCGAAUGCCCAAUCACCGUCUCCCAAAGCAGGUACUAUACUCCCAACUCAAGAACAGGAAACGUAACGUUGGUGGACAGGAAAAGAAAUUGAGAGAUGGGCUUAAAGCCAAUCUUAAAAACUGGCAUAGACACCGAGAGAGAACUGGGGAACCUGGGCCAUUGAGUGCUCUAACUGGAGGUCAGCUGUGACCAGUAGUGCUGCAGAAUUCAAAGAGGCACGAACGGAGAGCAAAAGGGAGAAAUGUGCCAAGAGGAAGGUGGGUCAAGUCAACCCUGACUGGGACCGCUGACCGCCUGGAAAUCGAUGUCCUCACUGCGGGAGAACAUGUAGAUGAAGAAUAGGGCCCCAGAGCCACCUAUGGACCCACCGCCAAAACACCACAUCUGGAAGACCAUCAUCCUCGAGCUACGAGGGACUGCCUAAUUAAAUAAAGUAAGUAAAUGUUAUGACUGGAUUUCCUCAUUUUUGGUGUUAAACAUCUCAGGAGUUCUUUUGAAAUUAUUCCUCCAUUAAAAGGCUUUUUAAAGUU